AUUCGCUCCAUACGAGUAACGAGAAACGGGCGAGCCAACCUUUUCACUUAUUUUUCCAUUUUUGUCCUCUUCGUUUCUUCGCUCUCAAAACAAUCUCCGCCACCUGACUCACCGAGUCCGUAAAACCGAAGAGGAAAAAUAAUAGGGUGGGACUCUUAAACCGAAAUGGUGUCGGACUCGGAGCUAAUCGCCCGGCUCCGGGAGUUCUUGAAAGAGUCGGACCUGAACACGACGACGACAGCAAUCGUGCGGCGGAGAUUGGAGGAGGAUUUCGGGAUUGAUUUAUCGGAGAAAAAGAAGUUUAUUAGGGAGCAAGUCGACUUAUAUCUGCAAAGCCAGUUCGAAAAUGCCGAAGAAGAAGAAGAAGAACAACAGGAUGAAAAUAACGAAGAAGAUGAUCAGACGGCGAAGAUUAAAUCAGAGGAAACCGACGGCUCUGAUUCGAACGAGGAAGGGGAGGAGAGUGAAAGAGCAAGGAAUAAAAGGGCCUCCGCGAAGAAAGGGUCAAAAAGAGUCAAUAAUGAAGUUAAGAGAAGAGGAGGUGGUUUUAACAAAGUAUGUAGCCUUUCACCACAACUUCAAGAACUUGUAGGAGUGCCUGCAUUGGCAAGGACUGAGGUAGUCAAGCAAAUAUGGGCUUAUAUUAGAGAGAAAAAUUUGCAAGACCCCGUUAACAAGAAAAAUAUAAUUUGUGAUGAGCCAUUGCAAGCACUUUUUGGAGUUCGUUCCAUUGACAUGUUUCAAAUGAACAAAGCCCUGUCAAAGCAUAUCUGGCCCUUGAAUUCAGAUGAAGUUGUUUCAGUCAAGUCAACAGAGAAGGAAAAGCAACGAAAGCACGAGAGAGAAGAAGGUAGGGAUGAUCCAGAUGAGCCAAAAAGAAAGGAAAAGCGGCGGAAGGGAUUUCUUGCUCCUCUUCAACUUUCAGAUGCUCUAGUGAAGUUCCUUGGUACUGGAGAAAGUGUGCUAACGCGGGCUGAUGUAAUAAAGAGAAUGUGGGAUUAUAUAAAAGAAAACAACCUCCAGGAUCCAUCUGACAAGAGAAAAGUAAUAUGUGAUGAAAAGCUGAAAGAACUCUUCGAUGUUGAAACCUUCACUGGCUUCACCGUAUCAAAACUCUUGGCGGCUCAUUUUCUCAAGACCUGACAGUGAGAUGCUCCGCAGAGAAAUAAGGGUUUUUGUCUGAGAUAUAGGUUCAUGUUUCCAGUCCUUUCGUUCUAGUAUUUCUUUUCCCGAUGAUAAAUGAGUGUAUCUUUGCAAUAGAAAACCUGAAAUUUAAUUCAUUGUUUUCCCCUUCAAGACGCUCAGUGUCAAUGGGAUUUUCGAACUUGAUCUUUGCGUGUAGGCCAUGCAUUUAUAAAAUUAGGUACAGGGACCUUAUCUGGUUGGGAGACAACCAAUCAGUAGUUGCAGCAGAAGUGAAAAUAUCAAUUGAAUUUGUUUCUCUUUUCUUGCGUGCA